AAAAAAUUCAUAAAAUCAUUAUCAUAAAAGGAAAAGAAAGAAAAAAAAAAAAAGAAAAAGAAGAAGAAGAAAUUUGAUAUGGAUCUUAGAUUCUUAGUGGAAGAAAAUGGGCCAAAGGGUAACAAGAGCCAGUUGGAUAUUUUGUAAUUGGGACGGUCAUCAUCCUCAACAACAGAUCGAGAUUAGGGCCUCAAUCCAAUUAGGACCCAAGUUCCGUUUCUGCAGUAAACUUCGGCCAGCAGGGGAGGGUCUGAACGUGGCUGAAGCAAAUUUGACGGUAUGCAUUCAUCCGUUGAAGUGCAACCGGAUCUCCGAGGGGAUACUCCGGGAGCUCAGCACUCUACUCUUCAUGUUCAAUGAGUUUUCUGAUGGUGUCUUAUUGGCUUAUGGUGUUAAUGUUCUUGAUAAAAAUGAAAAAAACUCUUUCCGGGGUUCAUCCUUAUUUUGGUGUGAGACGAAGGGCAGAUCUCAUACUUUUCUCUCCAAAGCCAGAUGUGCUGUUAGUUUUGAUGAGGAAACACUUCACAUUUUUGGGUCUCUGAUGCCUGCUCACACAGGAGGCAUUCAUUGGUUGGAUAGGAAUUCAAAAGAUGUUUCCGUACUUGAUAGUACAAAGAAGAGGAAGGAUGAGGAUGGACAGAUUCCAGAGCAUAGAGGCUAGGAAGCAUUUUCCUUGGAUGAUCAUAAUUAUGUUAAAGCGUCAAAGAAACAAAGAACCUUAGAAGAUGCUGCAAAAUUCUAAUGUCCAUUUAUGUUCACGUAAUGUAUUCAUCACUUCCCUAUGUUCUCUCCACAAAAACUUUCAAUAUCUUCUUAACUGGUAUAAAGAGGGUAGAGUCCA